ACAGGGGCGGGGCAGCCACUGAGCGGGAGAUUUGAGCGACUCCGGGAUGGUGGAAGGUCCAGGCUGCGCCCUGUACGGGGAGAGGCUCCGGGCCCGGGUGCGCAGGGGCCAGGCAGUGCGGGGCGUGCGGGGCAGCGCGCUGCUGCCAGCUCGACCGGGGGCUCCGGGGCCCGCCGCCCGCACCGGGCAUGCUGUGACUGGGAAUAAAACCUCCUGUCAGGAUUUCCUGAGAUUGCUGAAAGGAUGUGUGUAUACUGGUGUAGAAACUUUGGGGAAGGAGCUUUUUAUGUAUUUUGGACAGAAAGCUUUGAGGGUUCACUUUGGCAUGAAUGGUUCCAUGUGCAUUAACCCAACUGCAAGCAAAGACAGAAAUGGAGCACCACCAAUUCUGGAAAUACACCUUACUGAUGAUAUGGUUUGUUUCUUUGAUGCAACAGUAGAGCUUAGGAAUGCUGCUGAAAGUGAGCAGAAAGUAAGAAUGAUGGAAGACUUAGAUGUAUGCUCUCCAAAAUUUAGUUUCAUAAGAGCAGAAAGUGAGAUUAAGCAGCAGAAAGGUCGCAUGUUAUGUGAUGUACUGUUGGAUCAGGCAGUGUUACCUGGAGUGGGAAAUAUCAUAAAAAAUGAAGCCCUCUUUGACAGUGGUCUCCAUCCAGCUGCUAAAGCUUGUCAAUUGACAGAUGAACAGACACGUCACUUGGUGAAAAUGACCCGUGAUUUUACUCUUCUCUUUUAUAAGUGCCGCAAAACAGGAUCAGCACUCUACAAACAUUACAAGGUGUACAAACGCCCUAACUGUGGUCAGUGCAGUGGAAAGAUCACAGUUUGUCGUUUAGGAGAGAAUAACAGGAUGACAUACUUCUGUCCUCAGUGUCAAAAGGAUAAACCUCAGCUUGUUGAUGUUAGCAAACUGCCAACUAGAAAUAGCCUAAUUAGCUGGGCAUAUGGCAGGGGGUCAUGUUCUAAUGAACAUGUAGCUCAGAAAUCUGAAGAAGAGUGGACAUGUACUAUCUGCACUCUAAUAAACAAACCUUCUGCUAAGAUCUGUGACGUUUGUUUGACUUCAAGGCCUGAAGUUUCAAAGGUAGAGAAUGAUGAAGAUUCUACAGCCUCUAAUAGCAGCUUAGUCAAGUACCCUUGUAACUGCUUUGGAAAGCCAAACACAGAAAUAAAGGUCAAUAGGAAAACCACAUUUGGAAUGACAACUCUAGUUUUGACAGAUCUCAGCAGUAAAUUCACUCCCUUAAAAAAUGACAUAAGUGAUAGCCAAAUGCCAGAUGGGAAUUCUCACUGUGAUUCUCCAAGAAACUACAACUAUUGCCAGAAUAACACCCAUCAGAGGAGUGGGAAGAAGUAUGAAUUUCAUUCAGCAAACUCACUCACUGCAGUAAAUACAGCAUCACUCUCCCACCGUCAGGCUGAUUCUUCUAAUCCAGUGCCGAAGAAACAGAAGAUUGGUCAUUCAUUCUCAGAUUUCAAAAGUAACGUGAGUUUGUCAAAUAGUGAGCAUCGAGUUAACACGACAGAUGAUAUUUAUACCUUAAAUGUGGUCAGUCCUCGCUGCAGUAAACACAACCGCCUCUGCAGUCUCAGAGUUGUGAGAAAGGAGGGAGAAAACAAGGGCAGACAAUUUUAUACUUGUCCUCUACCCAGAGGGACUCAGUGUGACUAUUUUGAAUGGGCAGACUUACAGUUUCCAUUCUGCAAUCAUGGGAAACGCUGCAUUAUGAGGACAGUGUUGAAGAUUGGGCCUAAUAAUGGAAAGAAUUUUUUUGUGUGUCCUUUUCGGAAGGAUAAACAGUGUGAUUUCUUCAAGUGGGCAGAAAAUGGACCAGGAAUGAAGAUUAUUCCAGGAUGUUGAGAUUUUCAUCUAUGGUGACAUUGGACUUUUCAUACUAUGUGUACUAUAGUUCUGUGCUCCAAAGAUGAUGAUUUUAGGAGAUUCAUUCUCAGGUGACAUUUCACAAUAAAAAAAUUGCCUAGAUUGUGUUUGGAAAGGAAAAAUGUGAGGGAGGAGUUAGAGAAAAUGUUGGUUUUUGUUCAUUCCUCGUUGUUGUAGCUGUUUUAUCUAAUUGUAGCAUCUUUCAGAAUUAGCACUUAAUGUAUCUGGCAUUCUGAAAAUUAAAUAAUGGUAACAUAACAUUAGCAUGCUAGUUUCCUGGGAGAAGACCUAGUCUGAAGGGGGAAUAAUGUAUCUGUCAUUAAGAUGUAGCUGUCACUUGCAGUCUAUGAUGUAUUGUAAUAUUCUGUCAGUGCAAUAUUUCUGGUUUUGAUUGGAAUCUGUCUGUUCCUUACGUAGGUGUUGUGUUAGUUCCUCAGCAUUGCAAGUGUUCAAACAUUUAUUGUUAUGUGAUUUCUGAAAAAUGUAACUUCUCUCAAUAUAUUUUAAAUAAUUGGAUUUUAAUAUAACUUCUCACA